AUGCUAAAAAACAAGAAGCGCCGUGACAUGAGUCGAACUCAGGAUGCCCUUCUAAGACAACCCGAGACACUGCCAGUCGCUCUCAUAGUGUCUGAACGGAUCAAGCGCGCCAACUGUCCACGAAAGCGACGCGCUCGAAGCUCACGACGAAUGAGGAGUGACGUGUGCUUCCCAUCUCGCACCAGCACGAAGGUGUUCUGCUGCAUCGACCAGGGUCCACCGAAGAUGCACUCCUACUCGUUGGCGUCCAUUCGUCACGACGAGGUUGACAGCUUGGAAGACCCGACCUCCUACGAUGGUGCUUUAGAUGUAGACAGCUCUCAUCAGCCUGAGGCGGCUCUUCACGAGAUCAUGGAAAAAGAGAAGGUCUAUAGGCAUGAUCGAAGAUCGAGCCGACCACGCGUGGCAUUGAAUGCAACGGGAGCACUUCAGUGCCUACAGGUCCAUUCAGCCACUCAAACAUCUCCAGAGGCGUCAUCAAUCGCAAUCCAAUCUUUAAUACACGACACUGAGUUGCAAAUCGCGGCUGACGACAUCCCCUUCAAUCAGUUGUACACACGCCCCGAAAGCCCUCCCUUUGAUGAUUCCUUCGCCGCCACUCGGUUUCAUCUUGGUCACCUGUCCCAUCACCACCACACCAGGACAGAGAUCUCGGUGCAAUAUGAAACAUCGCCAUCGACCAAACCCGCCAAAUUCACUCCCCAUGCUUGCCCUUCGCCGGCCUUCAGCACCACUGCCAAUCGCGGCACACACGAUUCCGAUGUCAAUUCUCUCCUCCUUCAUUUGCGAUUCAAUCUACGCUCGCCGAAUCUUUUGACCAUCGCCAUCGACCCAGCAAUGAACUCACAAGUGGCCGAUGGGAUGCAGCAGGCUCUGCUCAUGCGCUCCGCAACUCUUGUCAGCCCAAAUGCAACCAUCUUAUCGACAAGGCCAAGCUUGUACAAGACCACUCUUCUAAACGGCGGCCCAUCCAUGAUUCUCGCAGCACUUGUCGAGGCGCCGCAUCAUCCCGCCAAUCGUCUUUGA